AUGUCGUUCCAACAACCCGUCUACAACGCCGGAAUGUUUGAUCCCAUGUUCCAAUAUUGGCAGGGCCCUCAGCGAUUCUAUCCUCCAGCGUACCCCUUCCCACCAGUGUCAGGUAUAUUUCCACAUCCUCCGUAUGUACCACAGCCAGUUGAAGUGCCCUUGGAGAUGCCUCCGGAAGCCCCUCAACCGGAAUUGCGGCGGGCACAAUCAGAAAGGCAGUCUACCCGUUCACGUUUGAGUGCGGAGGGAGGUGCCCCAGCCAAAAAUGACGCUGGACCGCGAAUUAGUGCUUUUGUAGGGCUCGGCCCUACUACGCAGCGUCGACCCCUUCAGCAGGGGGAUGGUAGGGUACAGGUCGAAGCAUCGGUUCGCGACGAAUUCCGAACGUGGAAAAGAGAGCACGGCUCCCGGUCUUCUGCAACUACUUCUCCUCUCCUCAAAACACCAUUCACUCAAGAGAUCAUUAAUCAGCCCUACCCUCAUGAUCUUCGGGUUCCAGGCAGUAAGGAUUAUGACGGACGAACCGACCCUGAAAUGCAUGUCAAUUUGUACUAUAGCAAUAUGCUUAUGAUGGGAGUUACCGACGUCGUCAUGUGUCGGGCCUUUUAUUCCACUUUGAGUGGCCGAGCGGCUGAGUGGUUUAAGGCAUUAAAGCCGGGUUCGAUCUCUUGUUUUGCCGAUUUGGCUACUAAGUUCGUCCGAAAGUUUGUGACGUCCAAAACGGUCAGAAAACAUUUCAUGUAUUUAGAAAAGGCUAAACAAUUGGAGGGAGAAUCUUUAUCAGAUUUCCUUGUUAAAUGGAAGGCACCGAUCGGUGAGGUCGACCCUAUGGAUGACCUCACCGCGAUCAACAUGUUGCAUUCCUCCCUUCGAGCUGGGGUGUUAUGUCAAGAUUUUAUUUUGCACCCCCCGAUCACGGGUGAGGAUGCCAUCCAAAGAGUAACGGAUUAUGCUAAUGCCGGAGAAGCUAAUGCAGCGAAGCGGUCUCAAGAGACCGGAACGAGCAGGAAACCGACUAGCCAACCGGAUGGAAGGCAAAGAAGACGUUCAGGGCAAAGGGCGGGGAUAAACAACGGAUUUCACUCCUUUAAACCGGCCCGCGGUGGACGUUUUGCGCUAUGCGCAAUCAUGAAGUUGACCAAGUUUGCGGCGAAGGUAGAAGAAAGCAAGAAAUCAUCAUGGAAGAUAGGUUUUAAGCGGUCUGAUCAAGGAAAGAGAGACAAGGGUCCUGACGACCCCCUGGCCUCUGCUUCCAAACAGGUUAUCCAUGUUAUCUUUGGUGGGUCCAGACAGAAAGUUGAACUGAUCACAUUGACGCCUGAAGAUCUCCCGAUCGAUUCAGAUCAGGGCGCUAAAGCGCUUGUCGUCACUAUCGAUAUAAUGGGGACGAACGUUCAGCGUGUCAUGGUUGACACUGGAAGCAGUGUGAAUAUGCUUUACUUGGAGGUCUUCUAG